CAAUGAAGCAAGCGUCCAAACAUUUCGUCCAAAUAAGUAAAUGACGGGAAGAGUUUGUGUGGAAUGGUCAAGCGAGCUUUGAAUACAGAUUUGGCCAAUUAAAAAGUGGGUGAACUAGUGAAAAUACCAAUAAGGUGUGUUACGUUCGGGUCAAUUGUUAUGCAGACGGUUUUCGAAAGAACGCACGAUGAAUAAAUUGCUUUGGGGUGGAAUUGGAUCAGCUCUAAAAAUAAGAGUUUUCUGCAUUGAGUCACUCUUGAGCAAUAAUCGCUUAUCUAAAUUAGCAAACAAAUAUUCACUGGCAACAGAAAUAUCGUUUAUUCAUCAUGUGCAAGUGGCUAUGGCGACGUUGCUCUGGAAAAUCCUCCUACGGGGUGAGAUCGAACGAAUCCCGCAAAUCCAGCGUGGCAGAUAUUCCCGGGAUGGAAGAAGAAGUCAAGGUGGAAUCCCCUUCGGAGUCGUACAGAGUGAUGAAGGACAACUAAAGACGAAAUAAUGUUACUGUUACAAUGAAAAGUCUUGUCAUUGGUGGCGAAAUGUAAUCACGCUCACGUUAUUUGCUUUACAUAAAAGAGAAACGACAUCAGUUCCCGAUUUCCAUCGCAUGAAAUUGUAGUCACAUAUUCGUAGUUUAUACAAAAUAAAUAUGUAAAAGCGCAGUCGUUUUCUAAACUAAUAAAUCUGUACGGUUAGUUGGUAUAAAU